AGUGAUGUUACAAGUAGCUAGUUGAUGUGUUAUUGGAUUUGUCAGUGGCUAUUCACAGCAGAUGCAGAUAUGGCAACAUUUGGAUGAUAAUACUGCACAGAGAACGUAUCAGCCUCGAUUUUUCAAACCAUCCGGUAUUGGAACUAAAGGCGUUUUUGGAGAAUUGUUAGCUCGACGUGGCUAGCUGUUGCUGUGUAGCCAAACAUACAUCAAUUUAAAAAAUGUCGAGCUCAACUCUGUUCCAGGGCAAAUUGGUGUCAAUUAUGGAGAUACUUGUUAAUUCAGCAGUGACGGAUAUUUGCAGGUUAGUAGACGACGGCGCUGCAGUGUUGCAUUUCGAAAUUUCCCGAAGCAAAUCAGAAAAUGAAAACCUCAGGUUGAAAUUGCAGUUAAUGGAAAGAGAGUUGCAAACAGUGAGAAAGGCUAAGAAGACAGUGAACUCUGUUGGAACUCAGUGUGUGGACCUCGGUGGGCGCCAGGAGAUAUCCACCACGAUUAAGCAAGAACAACACAGCAAUCUUCAAGAGGAGAAGGGGGAAAGGAUAGUUGCUCUACCCCAAUUGAUACAUGGCCAACUCACCAAUGAACCAUCCCUAAACCAUCACCAGGAAUCCAUCACAAGACAUCACAGGAAUGCUAACUUUACUCAGGUCAACAGUCAUCAGUCUGGAAGGCCAGCAGAGGGACCUAAUGGCGUGACGGAGUCAAAUGUUGGAGGAUACAGUUCAGGAAGGAACUGUCGAUCACUGCCUCAAAGUGACACAACUCACAGGGACCACAGCAGUUUGCCACUCAAGUCUGAGAACAAGUCGAGUUGUGAACAGGAUGGCAAAUAUGAUCACAGUGCACAUCAACAGGAAGUUCAACCGCCAUAUCACCAGCAACAGCAGCAGGUCGCCUUCUCUCCCUCAGAGCAGUUCUCCAACCUGAAAGACAGGACUGCCCUCUCAUCAGAUGUGUGUGAGGUGGAAUAUGAACUGAAUGAGGAAGACUGCCAUCAGGAUGGCCGGGACAGUAGGCCUACUAGGUCGAUACAAGAUGUCAGUACUAGACAUCAAACGAGACUCAAACAGGAGUCUGAUACAGAGGGGAACAUUGGUGGGCAACAGUCAGUGCAUGCCCCUGCCCCUGCCCCUGGUUCUUUAGACAUUUCACCACAGUGCCUUUAUCAAACUUCUUCUCAGUUGACCUUUGCUCUCCAUGAAGCCACCGGUUGUGGUGGUGGAGUUGGAGGAGGGGGGUCUGCCACAGCAGCUGGCGUGCUAGACCCUUCUGGGCCGACGGCGGCUCGUCCGCACGUGUGCCCGCAGUGCGGCCGCGGGUUCGCCCACACGCACGUGCUGAAGCGCCACCUGGUGGUGCACUCGGGCCUGCGCCCGCACCCGUGCGGCUACUGCGGCAAGCGAUUCGCCCUGCGCGACAGCCUGCGUCGCCACCAGCGCAUCCACACCGGUGAGCGGCCCUACGGCUGCCACCUGUGUGGAAAGCGUUUCACGCAGCGCACGCACCUCAACAUACACCUGUCCGUGCACACUGGCAUACGGCCCUUCACUUGCACGCACUGUGGGCGGAGUUUCACGCAGACGCACGUCCUACGCAGGCACAUGCGGGUGCACGCUGCGGAGGGGCUGCCGUUUUAUCAGGAGGACACGUGAAGUGUCCAGCGUUGGGAUGUUAGGUGUUCAGAGUCCAGAUUACUGGUAGCUUCUGGAAACUUACAGAGUAAUUCAAUUGCUAUAUACAUGUCUAAUAUGAGGAAAAUGAGAAAUUAGAUGCUUUUAUAUGAGUAAGCACACUUGCUAGGGCUGUAUCGAUAUUGUAGCGAACCGAGAAUAUGAGACAUGCACGAUACUGAUCACGAUACUGUAUCAGGGGCAGAGAAGGCAGUAUCGUGAUGCACCCUUUCAAGGUGCUGUUACCCUUUAGUCCAGAAAACAACCACAUGAUGUGAUGUGAUGGUACUUUCAAACUUCAAAUCAUCAUCAUUAUUAUUAUUAUUUUAAAUGUUUAUUAUUAGUAGCAUCUUGUAACAUAUUCUACCAAUAAACUACCAUAGUUUUAUUUAUGAUUUUAUUUUAUAAUGUUGGCAAAUGUGAAGAAAAAAAAAUCAAUUGAUUUUAAAAGCUAUCUUGAAAAAAACGUGGGGUAACUUAUAUCGAACUGUUGGUCAAAGUCUGUGAUACGAACCAAAUCGUGAGUUGAGUGUAUUGCCCUAACACUAGCCUCUACAAUGUGUGUUGCUAUAUAAGCAUUGUAGAUGGAAUGCAUGUGUGUCUUACUCAUAUAUGAGGAAAAACAUUUGGGGCACUUUUAUAGCACAAUAUAAGACUUGUAUAAGCUUGUAUGAAUCAUUCUGUAAGUUUCCUCUUUUUGCAAGGGGGGUAUAGCUAUUUUAUGGACCAAUGCAGUUAAAGGUACAUCGCAGCCUCUGCCACGAGGUCUUUGGAAUUUUUCUUUAAACAGCUAAACUUCACUGAUUGACUGGAGCAAAAAGCCCACUAUAAACAACAUUGAAAGCAACAUUAUGUAAAUGUUGUUUAUUUGAGUCUAUUUCUAGUCAUGCAUAUUUUAGAUGAUGCCAUUUGGGGGGGACAAAAGGUUGAGACAAUUUACGCUUUAUGGUGUGAGAUGACAUUAACGGUGCAGUCGGCAAAUUCAAAUUCAAUUCAAAUUCUGUACAGAGGCGCGUUUUGCCACCAGGCAAGGCAGCAGCCGCUUGGGGGCCCCAAGCCCCUGGAUAUUGAAUUAUAGCCCACACUUUACCACAGUAGUGUCGAAUUUAGUUCAAAUGUUCAUUCUUUUGCAUUUUCUCUUGGAUCCCCCCCUAACCCUAGAAUCACCUCUGAUUCCGUAAUACAUUAAAUUAUGUUACAAAAAAAAUAAAUUCUACGGCUCCCUUCAA